AUGGCGGUCGACGUGUUUGCAGUUCCGAUCUUUUUCAUCUGUUUUCGAGAAUGUCUUGAAACAAGCAUCAUCGUUUCGGUGCUGCUGGCAUUCCUCAAACAGACGCUAGGUGCUGAGGGUGAUCGUCAGGCCUACAAGAAACUAGUCAAACAAGUAUGGUGCGGAGUCGGCAUGGGACUGUUCAUCUGUCUCUGCAUCGGCGGCGGAAUGAUUGGAGCCUUCUACGGGUAUGGCAAGGAUCACUUCGCCAACACGGAGGAUAUCUGGGAGGGGGUCUUCUCCUUGAUUGCCAGCGUGAUUAUUACCGUCAUGGGGGCAGCACUUCUGCGCAUAUCCAAACUCCAGGAGAAAUGGCGUGUCAAGCUGGCCCAGGCCCUCGAAAAGAACGAGGGGCACCAGGGCACCGCGAUGCACCGUUUGAAGAAAUGGGCGGAGAAGUAUGCCAUGUUUCUCUUGCCGUUUGUGACAGUGCUCCGUGAGGGACUGGAAGCCGUGGUCUUCAUUGGCGGGGUGAGCUUGAGCUUCCCAGCAUCAGCAUUUCCCCUCCCGGUAAUCACCGGCCUUCUAGCCGGGGCGGCUGUGGGAUAUAUCUUGUACCGCGGCGGCAAUCAAGCUUCGCUUCAGAUCUUCCUGGUUGUGUCUACCUGCUUCCUGUACCUCGUCUCCGCCGGUCUCUUUACCCGGGGUGUUUGGUUUCUUGAGAAUAAUACGUGGAAUCAAAGCACCGGUGGUGACAGCUCCGAAAGCGGGUCGGGCCCCGGGUCGUAUGACAUCCGACAAAGCGUGUGGCAUGUCAACUGCUGCAAUCCAUUGCUCAAUGGCGGCGGCGGGUGGGGAAUCUUCAAUGCUGUUUUGGGGUGGACUAACUCCGCCACCUACGGGUCAGUUAUCUCGUACAACCUGUACUGGCUGGCGAUCAUCUUGUGGUUUGUCGCGAUGCGCUAUAACGAGUGCUAUGGCCGGGUGCCGCUGUUGGAGCCUAUCCUCCGACACUGGAGGGCUCGCAAGGACCUGGAUUCACCGGCUGGUCGGUCAAAUGGUGUAGUGGAAUCCACGCGCGAGGGAAAGCCCCUGGAUGGCGGUGCCAACUCCCGAGUCAACGAAGUCGCGCCAUAG